AGUGUGAGAAGGUGUAAAAAGUAAUGAAACUACGCCGCUGCUUGCAGCGUUGGGAUACUCGGCACCAGAGGCACAGCGAUUGGGUUCUUCUGCAACACGCUCUCUCUCUCUCUCUCGCUACUAUGCUCUGCAACCUAAUCUCAUAAAGCUCUAUCUUUCACUAUGGAGCUUUCUUAAUGACCUUUUUAUGAGUGCAAAAGUUGAACCACCAACAACAGCAUUAAAUAUGUCUGGAACAACUAUUUCGUCUAAGCCAUCAACAGCUAGUAGUGGCCAAAAGGUUUCUAUGUUUGCUGCCAAGUCUGGGUUUGUUAUACCCAAAAAUAAGUUGUCUGGUUCGUUGGUUCCCAUCUUCCGAGGAGCUAAAAAACUGGGAGGCAGUGAUUCUUUUAUUGGAGAGAGUAACAAACAGGUUCAGAGGAAAACAAAAUGGGGUCCUGAUCUGACUCAGGAUACUGCUGUUAGAAGGGGAAGAGCCUUCGCUUAUCAGCAGACUCGGGUGGAUCAAAUCACUCAACAGCUGAAAUCUAGCGUAUCAGAGGCUGAGGAUGAUACCAACUCAACAUAUGCAGCUCAAACUCCAGACGAGGAAUCAUCCAGACAUCAAAUUGUCAGUGAGGUGGAGCAGUUGGAACUUGAAAAGCGGGAAAUCAUAGGUGAAAUACUAAAACUAAAUCCAAGUUACAAGCCCCCACCCGAUUAUAAACCGAUAUUGAAAGAAACCAGGGUUCCUAUUCCAGUCAAAGAAUAUCCUGAGUACAAUUUUGUUGGCCUACUAUAUGGGCCUGGAAAUGAUAAUCAAAAGCGAUUAGAAAAGGAAACUGGCGCCAAGAUUCAAUUAUAUGGUACAAAACCAGAGACCGGGGAGAAGUUAGAAAUAAAGUCAUCUGAUGGGAAUAAAGUUCAUGGUGCUUAUGAGGAGUUAUACGUUCAUAUAUCAGCAGAGACAUUUGAGAAAAUAGAUGCUGCAGUUUCUGUGAUUGAACUGCUAAUCACCUCAAUAUCAGGAAAUCUGGCUGCUGCCUCUACGGCUUCUAAUUUAGCUUCUAGGGAUAAUUUAAGUGUUUCUAGUCAGGUCCAGGUUUCAACCACUUCAGAUUUGGUUCCCAGUGCUGUGGUGCAGCCAGUGGCAGGACCUACACAAAUGCCACCCCAAGGGCAGGUCCAAUACACCGGUCCAUGGUUCCCUUCUGGCCCACCUAGCACUGCAGUGCAUUUACCUGGCUCAAUCCCUCCAAAUUCUUCUACUCCAGUUGUCAAUAAUACUGCUGAUCUGUCAACAUCGCCUUUCAAGCCUUUGAACAUGCCAUCACUGUUUGGCCCUCCACCAGUUCCAGUUGCUGGAUUCAACUCAAUUCUCCAAGCCCCAACUCCAGUUCUCCCUAGAGCACACCCAUCAACACAAGUUCCACAACAUGAAUACAUGGCUCAAACAAGUUCUGCUCCUAUUGGUCCACAAGGAAAUCCUUCUGCAAUGGCUUCCCAGCCUUUCUCCGCUCAACCUAAAGUUUCAACUCCAUUCUCAUCUACUGGAAAUCAAAUGCCACCAAUGGGCUCCCCUGGUAUCAAUAGGCCAGUGAUGCCUUUAUUGUCUCAACCUGCAUCGGCGGCUACUGGGAGCUCUACCCUCUGGUCAACUGGGCGCCCAGUAAUUACUCCAGCAUCUGCAGAUUUCAAUAACACAGGUCAGAUGGCUCCGACAAUGGUUCCACCUCAUAGGCCUCAACCUCUAUUUCCCCAACCAGGUGUCUCAUCCACGUUGCUGUCGACAACAAUUACAGCCUCAACCUUCCCACCUAGACCAUCCACUCAAUUGUCCAAUACACCUCUGAAUCAUCCUACCUUGGCUUCAGGUUUUGCUUCUGUUCCACGGCCUCAUAUGGGGCUUCCACCUACAAUAUCAGCUUCUGUGAGCCCUGCACCAGUACCUGCUCCUGCAGUUAAUUCAUUUGCAAGACCAACGCUAGGAUCAGCAUCAGUUCCUUCAAUAGGGCCUUCUGUAUCUUUAUCUCAACCUAUGCAAUCAGGAAUUCCAACUUCUGUUUCCAAAAGUGUACCAAAUUUCGCGCCCGUAAAACCACCAUUGGUAACAGCUCCAAGUUCUGGUGAUUUUACUUUUCAAUCUGAUCGACCACAUAAUCCAACCUCUCAAACUGUUGCCAGGCUGAACAGUCACUCUGCCAAUCAGAAUGCUCUUCCUACUAGUCCAAUGCUGCAAGCUCCAGCACUUCAGGCGCCAUCUUCCCGGUUGCCUGCACCUAAUUUCACUGCUCAACCUGUCAAUCAAAUGUUUUUGAGGCAGCAGGUUGCAGACGACCACAUGGGUCAACCUCAAUCUCAUAUAAAUGCUGUUUCCUUUGGCCGAAACCCAACUGCAAUGUUAGUACCUCCUAGACUUCCUACAUUUCCAGACACAAGUCCUGCAGCUAGAAAUCAGAACCUGCUUAUGCGACCUAGGAACUUUAUUCCACCUCCCCAAAUGGCCAAUUUGCCUGGUCCUUUCCUUCCUAGACCAGGAAAUCUUGUCCAACAAAAUUAUCCUGUUCAUACAAACUGGUCAGUCAACAAUCCCUCAUUUACCAGUGGCAAGUCAGCUUCUAGUCCUGAACAGCAACUUUACGAUCCGUUCUCGCCAACUUCCAUGUUUGUCGCAUCUGAACAACAGGGAGGUAAUGCAACGAAGAUCAGAAAACAGGAGAACAAAUCAAGUACUGGGAUCUGAUUUACUUAUUGCAUUGCAUCUUGAAAUGUAAUUGAGAAUUGAUGUUUUAUAGGUUAUAUUGAAGCCUUACUUCACAGUUUUAUCACUGUAAUCAAAAGGCCGAAACUUUGUUGGAUGCAUAUUCCUUUACCAAUUUGUUGGAUGCUGCAGUUGUAAUUGCUUAUUAUUUCUUUUAUUAGUAUUCUAAUUGCAUUAUUAGCCUUGUGGCUUCAA